AUGACCGCGCUCACAGUCGCACGUGUUCGCGACUGCCGUCUUGACAAUUUUUCGUCGAUGAGCGGAAAGACUUUCGCGGCGGAGGCCCUAGCAAUUAAGUUAGUCAGGUACGACCGAAAGCAUCGGGCAGUCACCCGGAGUGUUCCGCCGAAGAGUUCGAAAAGAUGCGCCGAGAGGGCAUCUUGUUGCACAGCGAGCCGGUCCUGACCUCAGCUGGCGAGCUGGACAAUUAUGGCAGGCCUGCUCGAGGUAUCAUGAUGGUCGUCGGACUGAGCUCGAUCCCACAAAGCUAUCAAGUAUGUGGCGAUAGUUCACCUGUGAACUAA